GACUAGCACGAAAGUUUGAAUCGUCAAAUGCAUGAAAGACGAGAUUCCAUGAAGAAGAGUACUAAGCGAAACUGUGGUAAAACUAAAGCGUUUAUCUUUUACUGGAAAUUAGUUUUGAGCCAUUAAUUUCAGAUAAUACCCGCAAAAACAGUUUUUGGAAGUAAAGUUUGAAUGCUUCUCUCCAUAGCUCUGUGAUUACUCGAGAUCCCGAGGAUAUCACAAAUAAAAACAGUUCGUUUUUCUCUAGAAACGCUGGAUGACGUUCACGAAAGUGAUUAACGCGUAGAGAAAUAUGGCCAAAGCGGCGCCGUUAGAGAAACGGUUUGAAGUCAUUACAUAUCCUGCCCGCUAGGCGCCGGAGUGGAGCUGAUGGACUGGAUAGGCUUCGUUUGAUGCACGAACGAAUUCAUUGUGUGGUUGCUACGGUGGGCGGUUUGUUAAAGCUGUGUCGACGGAAAACUUUGUGCGGAUCGCAUGCAAGUGCUUAGUGCGGACGUUGUCCGUUCGCUCCAUCGUACCAUGCCUCCGGCAGCAGCGUGAACACGCCCCGUCCGUGAUUGAUCAACGCCUUGGCGGCAUCAGCAGCAGAUCUGACAAGGUAACUCCUUGUUUACGCUCCCGUGUGCCGCACCGUCUCAGAACUCGACUGUGAGGAGCCAUGCAGAAGGUUGGCGGCAGUGUGUCAUCGGGACGGCCCAUCAAGUGUGUGGUGGUGGGUGAUGGCACUGUGGGCAAGACGUGCAUGCUCAUCUCGUACACGACGGACUCGUUUCCGGGUGAGUACGUGCCCACCGUGUUCGACAACUAUUCAGCGGCCAUGAUGUGCGACGGUGUGCCCGUCAGCCUGGGCCUCUGGGACACUGCCGGUCAGGAGGACUACGACCGCCUCAGGCCCCUCUCGUACCCACAGACAGACGUGUUCCUCAUAUGCUUCAGCGUGGUGAGCCCAUCUUCUUUUGAGAAUGUCACCUCCAAGUGGUUCCCGGAGAUCAAGCACCACUGUCCUGAUGCGCCCAUAAUACUUGUCGGGACCAAGAUGGACCUGCGCGAGGACAAGGAGACCCUGCAGCAGCUGUCGGAGCAGGGCCUAUCGCCCAUCAAGAGGGAGCAAGGCCAGAAGCUGUGCUCUAAGAUCCGUGCCAUCAAGUACCUCGAGUGCUCAGCUCUCACCCAGAGAGGCCUCCGACAGGUGUUUGACGAGGCAGUGCGGGCAGUGCUCCGGCCAGAGCCGUUGAAGCGGAGGCAGCGGCGAUGCAAGAUCGUCUAGGGAUCCCCUUCUUCCCACUUUAUUUUUGUUCCAAGAGCGGCGGGACAGCAGAGGAUCGUCCAGCAUCUGGCCCUCCCGCAACCACCGUGCGGACUUUUUCUCUCCGUCUCUAUACCCUCAUCGAGGACGUGUAGGGGCAGACACAGGGAAAAGAAGGAAAAAGUACGGCAUGUACCACUUUGCCGACGACUAACUGAGCAGCGCUAAUUCAUGUCGUGCCAGGUGCAGCCCAUGUGACACAUGGAGGCAGCGCUAAACCUGUUCUGCUCCUUCUCACGUUUGCUCUGUGCUGCCACUCUCUUGGGUAUAACACAGUGACCUGAAUUUUUGUUCAGACAACCUUGAAAGAUGUUGCUAUUACCACUGCAUUGAUUGUUCUCAAAUUUUGCAAAAAGAUUGCUUUUAUUAGUUGGCGUUAUUCAGUAAAGCACUUAGCAUCAUUCUGUGCCUGAUUCGUCCAAACUUUCAGUUGCCAGCAGUCAAUUAAUUGAGGGUGUUGCUAUAGAUACUUACAGCACCUAUGCUGAGGGGCAUAUGACAGUGUUAUUUUUUGUUUAUUCCUAGAUGAAUCGGCUAAGUGAGGGUUCCGAGUGCAUUACUAAAUGAUCAAGGCAAUGAAAUGUGAUCUUACUAAAAAAAAAUUGAGUGAUGACGAAGCAGCAUUCAGCACAAAAUCUCUCAAAGCUGCCCGAACAAAGAUGCAGGUAGUCAUGUUCACAUGAGCAGUUCGUAAUGAAAGUUCAAAAUGCCGAGAUGGUUGACGGCUGAAGCGUGCUAAAGAGCUGGAACCCACAUACAAGGUGUCCAAUGGGCAUUACCUGGCGGGAUAUUGGUUUCUUGCGAGGAACAAAACACUGAAGACGAAAUUACUCCUGGCAUGCCAUCUACUGUUUGUGUGUUUCCUUCUUGAGCGCAUCUUGUGCUGCGCUUCAUCACGUAAGAAUCCUCCGCAGUUGUCAGAUGUCUUCAUGUGUGCUCUUGUGCAAGCUAAAACAGUGCAAGGCGCUCCAAUUGCACCAUCGUUACCCUUGUGGGAUGCACGCAUAGUUUGUUAUUCCCUCUUAUUUUUUUUUGUCUGUCCAUCAGCUAGCGUAUCGUUGCCAGGAAAGUUAAGCUUUCCCACUUUACCGUAAAUUAUGUCAUGUGAGACGUGGUUAUAGUAAUAGUGAUUAGCUGAUAGAUGAGCCACACAUCUGGCACGGUUAACCCAAAAACUUGGGAGGCUUAAAAGGACAGCAAUCACAAUCAUGAGUUGUGCAACUAUAGUAAGUGCACUCUUGAAUGAGUUGUGCAACCAUAGUAAGCACACUCUUCAAUGCCCUUCUUUGGUUGGCCUCAAAAAAACCUGUGGGCAAUUGUCUCAGCAAACGUGAGACUUGGGAUAACGUGUGGUUCCCAAUAGUAAAAGCAACACUAUUCUAGAACAGUAGAAAGAAAAUGGAAAAGGACAAUAACAGCAGUACUGUGAUUUCGAAAAGUAAUUGUACAGCUGAGAAAUUUGGUGGGUUUGUAUCCAGUACAUUGUUGCUAUUUUUGCAGCAUCUGCUAUUUUCGCAAUGUGGCUGUUACAACCACCACCCUAGCUGUUGGUUUUUGCGACAAUGGUGCUACAAUCGCGACCAAGGUGCCGCACAUCGAGUAGUGUUGCCACUUCAGCUUAUAGGUCUGUUGUUACUUGCAAUGCAAUACGUCAUCUGGCCUUCUUGCAUUAGUUUGGCUGCCUUUUCUGUGGGAGACAAUGGAUAAAGGGGUGAUGACUGUUUAAAAGAAUGUUGUGACUUCUCACACGCGUCGGCAGACAAAUGGUGAAAUGGUUGAGAGGGGUUCCUGGCUUUUAUGGCACUUUUGAAAGCCAUUCAUGACAAAUUGGCAGCAUUGUCUGGUCUGGCUUUUGCAUGACUGCAACUGUUGCAGACUAGGAAGCACUGGCAUCGUGCAGACCAUUUGAUGCAGCACCCGUGGUACUGGGAUGCCUUCCACAAGGUGUCUGAGGGCAUUUGCAGACAAUUGUGCGCAACGUUUUGUUGCAUCACUUAUUCUGGCACACACUGACUGAGCAUGGUCACUUCAUUCCCAAAGCACUUUGCCGUAUAUGCUUAUGCAGUACAGUGUGGUUCAGGCAGUCCUGAAGCUGUUAUGCUGCUUGCCCCCUUCGUGCCAGGAUAUUGGCGUCUUUAUGCACAUGCGAGUCAUCUGUCUACAUUAGUGUUCAAGUGUUUUGCAUUCUGUUCUAGGCUUUAGUCUGCACUGCAAUAUUAAAGCUUUGUGCCCAAAUUUUAACAUGUCAAGAGAAAUGAACUAACAUUGUAGAUAGACAUGCCGCUCUCAAAUUGCAUGCAUGUUCCCUUCCAUUCGAGCAUCAAGACACCUCUUUUGAGAUUUUCUUUUAAAUUAAUUUAUGUUUUAGUAUAUCCUCAAGGCAUUUGGGGUGUUACAGAGGGAGUGGUUUCAAAACAUUUGUCAAAACAAGCAAUAUAUGAAGUAAAAGAAAAAAAAUUGCAGCUACUUCAGAAAGUGGUAAGUUAUUGCAGACUUGAAAUUCCCUCUUCUGUAGCAAUGCUUGUGUAGUUCUUCUGCAGCUGCUAGUACAACUACAGUACACAGCGAAGAAUGAAUGAAUGACUUAUUAUUCCACGCAAGGGAUACGUUUGCUGUUGGCACAUUUUGGACAGUGGCCCUUGGAGCCUAGCAUGUUGUAAAAAUGCAAACACUACAAUUGUGCUGUAAUACCUUUUGAAAGUGGUAAAGGAAACCCUCUGAAAUGCAGGACAACGCUGUUAACUAGGGAUGGGCGAAUAUUCGCUAUUGUCGAAUAUUCGAUCGAAUAAUUCUAUAUUCGUUAUUCGAUUCGAAUUCGGGUAAUCGAUAUUUUCGGAUUAUUCGGCGCUCCCGAAUAGGCAGCCAGAAGCCACGGACGGCCAGUACACAUCUCGGAGGCUAUGUUUCACGUCAUGGCUGCCACACAUCAAUCCUAAAUCUCGAAGGCUAUACGUUUUUGCAUUAAAAAGCCUGAAAUGUGCGACGCAGAAGAGCAGAAACGGCGCUAGUUUACAACCGAAGCGAAGCGGCAGAGUCCGCAUCACCAUAGUCAUCAGCGGAAAUCGUAUGUGAAUGACAGCAACGACGGAACGCUUCGUGCCUAUUUGUGCAUUUAUUGCGUUUACCGCUGCACAUAACGCGUUGGCUGCGGGAUUUCAUAGUUGCCAUCCAUGAUCGCGUCGAUUGCUGCCGUGGUUUCUUCCGCAGCAGUUGUGGCAAAAAGUAGUUUCGUUUUCACUCAAUACGCAUGUCGGCCGCGUGCCUAAAAAGCUGCGUAGUGGCCAUCCAUGAUCGCAUAGCUGGCGACCGCUAUUUCGUCUGCAGUUGUUGCAGCGAACGAUAGAUUCGUUCUGACUCAGUGCGUGCGUCGGUCGCGUGCCUUAGGGUACGGCCACGCUAGCGGCAAAAAUGCUAGCGUCAUGCCGCGAAGUCCACCAUGGCAAUCGAUAUGAUCUCGCACGCCCUCGGAACACGGAAUCACCGUGAGCGAAAAGGGGUGCAAUCGGACAGCGUCCAGAAAUCCCUCCAUAGAACCGCGAGAGACGACGAUCGUCGAUUGAUAACCCGGUGCGGAGCGGCGGCGGUCUGGUUGCCAUGGCUCCGUGACGUCACCCUCGUCGCUCUUGAUUGGUUCUUCAUCACGCGGCACUUGCCGCAGAAAUGGGAGACCCAUUUGGUGCGGCACGCUGUAAGACCCCCGAUUCCUGCCGCUUGUGCUGCGCGCGUUUUUGCCGCUCCAUUACACAUUAUUACAUUACAUCCAUUACACUAAUAAAAUCAUGCUGACGUAGUAAGCAUUUGCUUAUUGUUUUCUGGAUACCCUGAUAAUUCGGCAUUCGGGUAAUGCGGACAUUUUUUUUUCGGUCCCGUGAAAUUCAAAUUAGCUAGGCUUUACUGUAAUAUGCAAUAUAUACUAUUCGAACUAUUCGAUUCGAAAUUAUUCGACCAAAUCACUAUUUGCUUUGAGUUUGCUUCGAACCUCAAAUUCACUAUUCGCCCAUCCCUACUGUUAACGCCCGAGCCAAAUACCGUAUUUGCACGAAUAUAACGCAAGUCUUUUUCUUUCAUUUUCUCUGGCGCUUCAAGCUGUGGUGAGCUAAACCACUAGGCACCUCCGCAAUUGCAACCGCAUACGGAGACCUCUUGUGCCUGUGCGCAUCCCACUCAUCGUGCUGGAUUGAGGCGCCAGCCACAGCUCGGCUCGCCAUGUCCACUGCCACUUCGCCUCACACUAGAGCAGGCAAGCUCGGAGUUGCCGCCACUGUGCAUUUUGCGCUGUCCUUCUUUUCCCGAUUUAGAACGCUGUUAGUGCCGCAUUAAUAUGGUUAGGGGGCAUUAAUCGUAACCUUGAGCAAGACGAUUGGCGCUGUUAUGAUGGUGCAUGAAGCAAGUGGUCUUCGAAGUCGUGCACUGGAUCACCAGACUCUGCGUGAAAGGCUUUGUCACAUUUGAUUGUCAUAGGCAUUUCUUAAGUACUGCCUGUUGAAUAGCCUUGGUGGCACGGAGGACGACACCGUUCUCGCCAACAGUGACUAAGAUGUUGGCAUUGACGAGUAAAUUGUGCAUGCACUCAUCCUUUCACUUUAUUUUGCGAUGGCAGUUCGCAGUAACAAUGAAUAAAGCCCUGCUGGCAUCCACUUUUAUUUGUAAUUUCAUGUUUGUUUGUAGCAGCACUGCGCAUUGUAAUCGUACAAAUUUUUUUCUUUUUCCGAGAGGCCAAAAGUUCCCUGUCGUGGUAUGUUCGUGGUUGCGCUAUUUACGUGCAAGUAUGGUACUUUAUCCUAUGCAUAGCAGGGUACCUAGAACAUUGCCGUGAAGAUUGUUUCUUUGUUUUGCUCCUUGACACUGAGGAUACAUAAGAAAAUUAUUGGCAUGAUUCCUUCAACAGCCACAAACAGCAGAAGUUGUGCAGAAUGAGCGAAAAGGCCGUAAAGUAAAAUUAAAGUUCACAGGUGAGCCAUAGUUAAGCCUCAUGAUAGCAGGCGAGUAGAAAGUGCGAAUGUUGCAUUCAAACAUUGCUAUAUUCUGAAAACAAUACAGUGCAGGGAAAGCCAUGAGCCACGCUGAAUCAGUUGACAGUGCUGAAAUAAAUGUCCUCACAUUGACAAAUUAAUAUGUGGGGUCAGAGCUCUAUGAGCAUACUCUCUUUCACAGCAGACUUGGUCACAAAUGCAUAUGUGCAUGCCUCAGUUCUCUAGAACAAGCUCACUUUCCAAUCGCGCUGCAUUGAGCUUGAUUUCCAACCAUACUGCACUUUUUUUCAUCAAGAAAGUGGCUGUGAAAGUGUAUCGCAAGAGAAAAAAAAAGUGCAGCGUGAUUAAGUCGCAGCUGAGUGUUUUAUACUAAGAUUACUAGAGAUAAAUCUGGUGCUGGAAUUGUUCAGCCACUUUGGGAAUCGUAACACGUUGAUUUUUCUAGUUUGGCACGGAUUUGUUGAGAAAGCAAGUUGCGGCUUUUUAAAUUGUUGUUUCUGUUGUGUUUCAAGCUGACCUUGCACAUCUUUACUCAUUUCAUGACAUACAUAAUUUCCAGCUCGUAAGUAACCUAAAAGGACCCUCACUAGGUUUGGCCAUUUUGAACAAACAAGCAUAGCAUUUACAUGAUGCGCUGGUGAGCGUUUCUGCAAAGUAUUAAGGCACUGCACAUGGUGAAAACGGUUGAAAUUUGAAAACAAAUGCCGUGCUUCUUCCCUCUGAUGGUAGCCUGCUCCCAGGCUGAGAAUCGCGGUCACACGCUCAUAUGCGUCUUGUCACUCGCCAUGACUAAUCGUUCAGUGCAGGAGGUGCAACACCGCAAAAAAGGAAGAGAAGGAAAGAAAGGAUGCCUUGGUACAUCCCUUGGCUCCGGUGUGGCAGAAGGCCAGGAAAGAACACCACUUGGGAACGCCACUAGGGGUAGAGGGUGUCUCCCUUGGCAGUGACACUUCCCUCCUUGCGGCAUAGUAACGGGAUAGUUAUUUUCUUCUAUCUCCUUCAAUAAUGAACAGACUUGGAAAAGAUAUUUCGCUAUGCUUCUUAGACGGCGUUUUACAGCAGCUUCCAGUAUAUAUAACCACCAUUCGCAAUGGGGCGGGAUGAGGCGCCCUGUAAGUGCACAUGUAGCUAAAUCUAGGUAACACUGGGUAGAUAACACACACCAGGUAAAUUUAUUUUUACAUUAGAAGCAAUUUUUGUUUGCAUGUUCUGAAGAAUGAUGAAUGGCUGGAAGUGGAUGCCUUAUGAGACUAAUUGUCAUAUAGUGAAUUUGCACUGAAAAGGUGGGGAGAUCAAUGUGGGAGUUGUUUUAAGCCAGAAGAAGGGAAAAAUCCAGGCACUGCCUAUCGCUCCUAUGCUCACUGAACAGAGUGUGUGCAGGCACUAGCGCCACAUUUGGUUCUAAUGUUCUUGGUGUGAAAACUUGGCCACAGUGUGGCAGAGCAUUGCACAUUGUUCAGUUAUUAAAGUUUAACGUGGACUGAUCCUAUAGGCAUACAGUGCUUGCCAUGGUGAGCAGUGACUGUGUUAAAACGUUUUCUUUGUUCAUGCAUUUCAAGGAGCUUAUAUAAUUGUCAUAAGCUGUGCAUUUGGCUGUACUUCCAGAAAGCAUUGCAUUGCGGCAUAAACGAGUCCCAUGCACUUAAUAUUCAAGAAAGGGUUUGUGCUUGCGUCGUCGGGCAUUUUUAUUUGCAGCAAAGGCCCAUUUUUUUCGUGCAGCUGUUCAUAGCAUUUCUGGUUGUAUGUGGAAGUGGCACUUCAGGCAGCAAUAUUUUCACUGGGGAGCAACAGCGCACAAUGUUCAAAGAUAGUGCCUCAUGGGGAUGCAUGCAAUGCAUCUGCAUCAAGCAUGCUGGUAUGCGUCAACUGGCUUGCACACACCCAUGUGCCUGCCAUGCCUCGUCUCAUAAUACACCGGACACAUACCGCUUACUGCUUCAUCAAAUGCAGGGUGCAUUGCUGUCGGUUUGCUAUUAUGAAGAUGCCAAGUUGCAACCACAACUGUUACUAUACCUAAACAUAAUGAAUUACUUUAAAAUUGCCAACUCUCACUUAUUUGGCUCACUGGAAUUAUUGUAGGCUAAAGGACAAAAAAAAUGCAUUCCUUGCGUAUCCAGGUGCAAAACAUUGUAGCAGCAUUUUGCAAUAAUUGAUAGCUUAAGCCAGCCUGCAAAAACAAAAGGGCAAACAGCAUAGGCAAACUGCAUAGUGUUAAUCUUAUAGUCUACUUGAUGAAUUGGUCCAGGCAAGCAGAUCACUGACAAUCUAAGCAGCCCUGUCAUCUGAUUGGCCUGUGCCAGCCACGUGGCUUGCGGUGCAUAGACUGAUAUCUGACAGAUGCCAUGCAUUGCCUGUGUCAUGCCACUUCCAGCAGGCCCAAAGGUGCAUUGACGUCCGGCUGGUGUGUCUGCUCACGCGUGCAAGAGGAAACAUCACCUUUAGAGCUCCUAUUGAAUACACAUGAUAAUGGAUGUGAAAUAUUUCACAUCCAUUGAAUCGGUUUAGUUAGAGUUCGACGCACUUAAAAUAAAAAAUUAAAAUGGUUUCUUAAAGCAAAUAUUGCUGGAAAGUGGUAAAUUUAAUACGUACGAAGCGUGAAAUUUGGCAACUUUGUAACUGGCAGUAAUGUCAAACGUUAUCACUUUGGACGUGGUCGAAACGCGUAAUGCUGCCGAUUACGCUCCAGUAUAUGUAUUGCCUUCAAUGAAAAGGAAAAGCUGUAGGUAUAGUAUUGGAAUUGGAAGAUACAAUGUAGUCAUGUAAAGAAUCCUGUGUAACAUUCUUAAGUGUGGAGCUGUUCUUGUACUACGUAGUAGACUUUUAGUUUUGCGCAUGCACAUAGCUUUGGAGAAUAGAAAGGUUGUAGGCUAGAAGCUUGAUAAUCUAAGUCUGUACUGCAUUUCCCCUUUUUAGCUGCAAUGCAACGCUGUUGGAAAUGAAACAGUGAGACAAGGGAAUUGUGACACUGACAAUUGUGACAAGACAAGUGAGACUUGUUACACUACUAGCACUUCACCUCUGUGGCCACAAUUGCUGGUGUGUUGCAUCCCACAGUUCUGUUGGCAUUAAAGGUUAUUGGGGCAUGGCUUCCCUGCGGAAAGCAGAAUAUUGAUGCAGUUCAGCAAUGCAGUUUGUAAAGUAGCAGACUAGUGUUAAACUUGCAAAAGCACACUGUACAACAGACGCACCGCUUCUGUCCUGUCUGUAGUGUGUUUUUGCAAUUGAAUAUGAAUUACCAAAUUGUGUCUACACCUUCUUAAACAGUGUGCUUGCCACCGAUUUGACAGCUUACAACUCUGAAUUCCAGGCUUCACAGCAGUUAGGCUUUCUUUUAAGCCUUGUGCCCCGUAAACUAUUGAUGCCAAUAGUACAUGUGAGCUGUCGGGAAUACAUGGUGCUCAUAUAGUAUUAGAUUUUAUGCCGCACAGAGUGGUUGUUCUGCCAAAAUUGGCAUAACACAUCAUUGUGAAAUGACCGCAUGUAUGUGUGUGCUAGGCAUGCCAGUUUUUUUUGUAGUGGAGCUACACGAACAUGAUUGCUGCAUAGUACUAGAGGGUUUGCAUAAAAAAGUUAAAUCAUAGUGGCACUAAAUAGAGUCAAAUAGUAAUGGCACCAUUAUGAAUAAUUCUUACUUUUUUAAAUAGUUUAUAUUACAUGCACAUAUUUUUCAAAUUUUAUUAUUUUCACUAGCUGCAUACUUCUGAUCAAGUGAUUGGAAGUGAUGAUUAAGUGAUUUGAAAAUAUUGCCUAUUAAUUAAUGUCUGCUUGUCAAAUCAUUCGUGAGGUAGCAUGGAUUAUUCAAAGUUUGAAAAAUCCAAAAUUUUUAAUAGCAGCUGUUUUGUCCAAGGACCAUAUUUUAAUAACAGGUGUGAAGGGUCUGAAAGGUAGGCGUGUUCUGACUGCUGGAACAAAAUGGAACCUGUAAGAAACUGGCUGGACCUUGUUGUUGGUACAACAGGUCACAUGUCAGUUCACGCGUGCAAUCACAGCAUCUGUCAUGUGCUUUAUUAAUGAGUAGUGCCUCCAGAGUCCUGCUUGCCAAGGGUAACAAGUGAAGGUUGAGGUGGUCUCGCAAUGUGCCAUUGACCUUUCGCACCAUGUUGACAGGAAGACGAGUGAUAAUGAACAAGAACCCUAUUAUUCAUGUUGACAGCCUCGUGGUCCCUUGCCACUCUGUCUCGCUUGAAGAACAAACUUGGCUGUGGGCGACACCCUCACCAGUGAUAAUGUGCACCGCAGAUCAAAUAUUUCGGUAAGUGUUUGCAGUCACUCCAGUCUGGCGGUGGAGGUCUCUCUGCAGUUAUACAUGAUACCCAUGGUUGACAUGUCACUCGCUGUUCUGGGUCUGAGCAGUGACGUUUCCUGUUCAGUGAACACACUGAGUAUGUUCAUUUGUGGCUCCUGCAUUCACAAGCACUCAGGUGCUGGGCGACACCUGUGCUGUUGUCCUUUUAAACCUUCAAAAAGUUUUUAACUAAUGCAAUGCUCUACGAGUGCUGGGAUGGUGGUGCUUUAGCAGAAAUUUUCGCAUGUACCAGAAGGUAUGUGUGUAUUCUGUGCUCGACUUAAGAAUGCGCUUCUACUAGCACAACAGGGUGGCAGCAAUUUCUUUACUCUUAUAGUGUUGCUUUUUUAAGCUGACACUGUGUAUGUGGCAGUGGCUGGAGAAAGCUGCUGCUUUGUGGAAUGAAGGGUUCCUGAAGUGCAUACAAGGGGCACUGACAUAGUACGGCCUGCCUUUUAGACAGAAUCAUGCAAUGCAUAUAAAGUGUUGACUACAAGCGCCUUCUGUCCAAAAUGUUGCUGGUGCUUGCAUUACAACAGCAUUGCUGGCUCUGAAACAUGUUCAAAACUAGCCAUUUAUAUUUUUGUUCAUAUAAUGUAUGAUGCCCACCAAACACUGUUCAAGUACAGGUUGGAGCAUGGCACUAAAGAACAAAGCCACGUGGCUUUGCAAAACUAAUGAUUUGUGAUGCAUAAAGUUGGCACUGAAUUCCAAACGUGUUCACUUUUUUUACAGCUAUUAUUCGCUUGAUUUUAUGCCGAGGUGUCAAAGUGCAUUCUGUUGUACUUUCAGUUUGCAAAAAGCGAUGAAUUUAAUUUUUCCGCUGAAGCAUAUUACAGGGAUGUUUUUAUUUUUUUACAUACGUUGUAGUGUGCAACUUGUGUGCUUCUUUUUUCUGCCUUUUAAGCUUCAAAACCCAAAGACAUUUCUUCUAGGAUUUUGUAUACUAUUGUACAGUUUUCUUAGCUACACUUUGCUGACAGCUUCUUUUCGACUUUUAACCCUUUUAUGCUUGCACUGUUUAUUGCAGUGGUCUUUGUCUGCUUUUGUAGUAUUUUAAUGAGUUUACAUUUGUAAAAUUUUGUUUAGUGUCGGAUGUUUUUCUAGUCUGGUUUUCUUUUCUACACAAGUUUUUGGGUGAUGCGAGUUAUGAUGUUAAACCUUACUCGUGUGUGCGCACUACAUUACGACAUUGUGCCAUCAACUCAUUUAUUGUGGCACACCUUUGCAUUCGGUGGUGCUGACUGUCACAUGAGUUUUUUGUUUAUCCGUUUCUUUGGUUGGAGGAAUUUUUGUUUGUUUUUAUAAUGCUAGCAUGGUGGAUCUAAUGCUGUACGUUUGUGUGCUUUUUCCCCAGUAACUUCUAAUUCCCGAGUGAAAAGUGCCGGCAUGCCUUUUGUAUGUGUGUGUUUGUGUUGCACGGAGUUGUGUUAUGUUCUGGCUGGAAGGUUCCACGUCUGCGUUUGUGGCAUUUCGUGACGAAUGUCUGAUGUCGUGUCGUGCGCACCUCGCUGUGCCCACCUCGCUGUGCCCACCUAGAGCGAUCUCAUUGCACUGUGUGAAGCAAUGGCCUCAUGCCAAUCGGUAGUCAUCUCGCACAUUACUACAUGCCCUGCCAGCACUCACCUGGAAUGUGCGCUGCGUAUCGGUGCACGAUAAUGUGUGCUGCCCCUGAAGCAAAUAUCGGUUCUCAAUGUGUCCAUUUGUGCGUGUGUGUGCCUAUGCCGGGAGAAAGUGAAGGUGUGAUCAGAGAGCAUACGUGACACUGUGCAGCUCUUCAUUCAGCCAUUUGUUUUGGCAUGCCUCUUGAACUUUUGGAAAGUGCCGACUGUGCCCAAGUGCAACGACACUUAGCUGAAGGUGCACUAGCUUAAGUGAGCGUAGGUGUGUGAAGAUGUGCAUGCUGUGACUGGGCAGCCGGUCCUCUGUCAACUUAUUGAUGUUGGAAAGUGAGAUGCGUGUGCAAGUGGAAAGGCAGCACUGUCCUUGAGCAGCAACUGUAAUAAAUAAGAUAUUCUAUGAA